GCCGCUUGAGUCUGCUGCGCAUGCGCAGGCGUAUCUGCGCUGGAGUCUUCAUCUUUGCCACCGCUGCUGCCGCCUUCCUGGGAUUUGAGUCUCGAGCUUUCUUCGUUCGCUCGCCGGCGGGUUCGCGCCCUUCUCGCGCCCCAGGGCUGAGAGGCUGGGAAGGGGUUGGAGGGGGCUGUUGAUCGCCGCGUUUAAGUUGCGCUCGGGGCGGCCAUGUCGGCCGGCGAGGUCGAGCGCCUAGUGUCGGAGCUGAGCGGCGGGACCGGAGGGGAUGAGGAGGAAGAGUGGCUCUAUGGCGGCCCAUGGGACGUGCAUGUGCACAGUGAUUUGACAAAGGACCUAGAUGAAAAUGAAGUUGAAAGGCCAGAGGAAGAAAAUGCCAGUGCUAAUCCUCCAUCUGGAAUUGAAGAUGAAACUGCCGAAAAUGGGGUACCAAAACCGAAAGUGACUGAGACUGAAGAUGAUAGUGAUAGUGACAGCGAUGAUGAUGAAGAUGAUGUUCAUGUCACUAUAGGAGACAUUAAAACGGGAGCACCACAGUAUGGGAGUUAUGGUACAGCACCUGUAAAUCUUAACAUCAAGACAGGAGGAAGAGUUUAUGGAACUACAGGAACAAAAGUCAAAGGAGUAGACCUUGAUGCACCUGGAAGCAUUAAUGGAGUUCCACUCUUAGAGGUAGAUUUGGAUUCUUUUGAAGAUAAACCAUGGCGUAAACCUGGUGCUGAUCUUUCUGAUUAUUUUAAUUAUGGGUUUAAUGAAGAUACCUGGAAAGCUUACUGUGAAAAACAAAAGAGGAUACGAAUGGGACUUGAAGUUAUACCAGUAACUUCUACUACAAAUAAAAUUACGGCCGAAGACUGUACUAUGGAAGUUACACCAGGUGCAGAGAUCCAAGAUGGCAGAUUCAAUCUUUUUAAGGUACAGCAGGGAAGAACUGGAAAUUCAGAGAAAGAAACAGCCCUUCCAUCUACAAAAGCUGAGUUUACUUCUCCUCCUUCUUUAUUCAAGACUGGGCUCCCACCAAGCAGAAACAGCACCUCUUCUCAGUCUCAGACAAGUACUGCCUCCAGAAAAGCCAAUUCAAGCGUUGGGAAGUGGCAGGAUCGAUAUGGGAGGGCCGAAUCACCUGAUCUAAGGAGAUUACCUGGGGCAAUUGAUGUUAUUGGUCAGACUAUAACUAUCAGCCGAGUAGAAGGAAGGCGACGGGCAAAUGAGAACAGCAACAUACAGGUCCUUUCUGAAAGAUCUGCUACUGAAGUAGACAACAAUUUCAGCAAACCACCUCCGUUUUUCCCUCCAGGAGCUCCUCCCACUCACCUUCCACCUCCUCCAUUCCUUCCACCUCCUCCGACUGUCAGCACUGCUCCACCUCUGAUUCCACCACCGGGUAUUCCAAUAACUGUACCACCUCCAGGUUUUCCUCCUCCACCAGGAGCUCCACCUCCAUCUCUUAUACCAACAAUAGAAAGUGGACAUUCCUCUGGUUAUGAUAGUCGUUCUGCACGUGCAUUUCCCUAUGGCAAUGUUGCCUUUCCCCAUCUUCCUGGUUCUGCGCCUUCAUGGCCUAGUCUUGUGGACACCAGCAAGCAGUGGGACUAUUAUGCCAGAAGAGAAAAAGACCGAGAUAGAGAGAGAGACAGAGACAGAGAGCGAGACCGUGAUCGGGACAGAGAAAGAGAACGCACCAGAGAGAGAGAGAGGGAGCGUGAUCACAGUCCUACACCAAGUGUUUUCAACAGCGAUGAAGAACGAUACAGAUACAGGGAAUAUGCAGAAAGAGGUUAUGAGCGUCACAGAGCAAGUCGAGAGAAAGAAGAACGACAUAGAGAAAGACGACACAGGGAAAAAGAGGAAACCAGACAUAAGUCGUCUCGAAGUAAUAGUAGACGUCGCCAUGAAAGUGAAGAAGGAGAUAGUCACAGGAGACACAAACACAAAAAAUCUAAAAGAAGCAAAGAAGGAAAAGAAGCGGGCAGUGAGCCUGCCCCUGAACAGGAGAGCACCGAAGCUACACCUGCAGAAUAGGCAUGGUUUUGGCCUUUUGUGUAUAUUAGUACCAGAAGUAGAUACUAUAAAUCUUGUUAUUUUUCUGGAUAAUGUUUAAGAAAUUUACCUUAAAUCUUGUUCUGUUUGUUAGUAUGAAAAGUUAACUUUUUUCCCAAAAUAAAAGAGUGAAUUUUUCAUGUUAAGUUAAAAAUCUUUGUCUUGUAAUAUUUCAAAAAUAAAGACAGCAAUGACUUUAUAUCCAAGAAAGGAAUGUGAAUGAGUCACUUAACAGGGACUCUUAAAGAGCUGUAUUAGCUGUGUACAUAAACAAAUUAUCUGAGAAAAGGUCAAGGUUCCACUUGGGCCACAGUUUUGUUAAUCAAACAAACAAAACACCAGUCUCGUAAGAGGCUGCACCACAAAAGGCAACAAAGGGCCCCUCUAAGGCUUGAGACUAAAACUAGUCUUGAUCAUUACUGCUGUGACACUCUUGCUGAGUAUAUUAAGAGACUCAUACAUUUUUGAUAUCACAACUUUUUGAUAGCAUUUGGGUUCCUGGUGAAACCAAAUGGGGUACACUUUCAUAUCCUAAUUAAUAAAACCUAUAAGGCAUUUGGGUGGGCUCUAUGAAAUAAAUUACCCUUAGUGUAGUUUUUAGGAGGCACGUGUACAAACACUCUUCAUGUGGCACAAAUUUAAAUAGCCUCAUGACCAUGUCUGUCUAUGAGCCAGGGUCAAGCUGGUUUGGCCUUGAUGCAUUUCCCAAGGCCCACUGGUGGAGCAGCGCAAGUUUUUAUACAGUCGCUACCGAUUGUGGAAAAAAGAGCUUUAGCCAUUUCUUACUAAAACAAAACAAGUUUAUAAUUCUGUGAGCAUUUUUAGGGAUAACCCUAGAAGACAUGUGUCAGUGAUGGUAACAAAUAACAUGGUAUUUGAAAGGAUAAAUUACUAGGAUCUUUUAAAUGGUGGUAAUACAAGUAACCUUAAUUAGUAUCGCAUACUAAAAGACAACUAUAAUUUCUGAAAAAUAUUUAUUUAUUGUUUGAUGAAAGCAUUGUUUCUCAGCAAUGCAUUUAAAAAAGUCUUUUAGCUGUAAAUUAAAAAUGGUCAUAAUGUACCCUUGGCAGACUUCAGCAUAUACCAAAUUUUAAAUUUAAAUCAACUUGAAUUCAGUGGGGUAUACAAAUCAUUUUAGCUGUUUAGGGCUUUUUACUAAAUAGAAAAAAUAUAAACAAAGUUGUAGAGUAAUGAGAAAUCCUCCACACUGAAAAAAAACUAGUAGUUUUAAUUUUUUUGGAAUCAUAUUUUCUGAGGUGUAACUGACUUUCAUUAGAUACUUUUCCUGACAUUUUAACAGUGUAUUUACAUAUCAAAACUGACAAGAUAAAUACAGUGUUUCAACUUUUAGCCUAUUUGUGAUUUUUCUGUUUUUUCUCUGACCCAUCAUUGAUUCUAUAAAAAAGUGCCAGGCCAAGAAACAAUAGUUAGAGUAAUUCUUCCUUUAAGUUCUUUCAGCAGUCUUGCCAAGCAAGCAUGUAUCAUUCCUGAUGUACUUCUACCAUUGACAGCAAGAAGAAUAUCACCACAUCUAAAAAAAAAAACAAGAUAUGAUUAGUAUUUUAAUUCAUUGAAGUUAAUGCAAGUUUAUCUUAGUGGUCCUAAUUUUUGCUGCAUCUGACCAUUUUUAAUUAUGUUACUUUUAAUUUAGAUAUUUCUUGCCUCUUAUUUACAUUCUCCAAACUCACUAUCCACCCAGCUUGUGUUAGAAGGAAUGCUAAAAGUAUGGGGAGUUUUAGUAUGGGACUAAGAAUAUGUGUAAUUAUUUUGGAUUUCUCAGAAGUUGAAUGCUACGUAAAUACUUUAACUCCCCACAAAGUACAAUGAAUACAUGCCUUAUCUCAAAUGAGGCCAAGCGUUGGCAUUUAUUAAACAACAUUUAAUACAAGUUUUUUUGGUGAGUCAUUAUUACCUGAUUCUUCCAUCAUUGUAUGCCGGUGUUCCUUCAACAAUGGAUUUGAUGAAAAAAGGUUUGUUUCCAUUGUAUUCUUCAUAACCUCCUACAAUGCAGAAGCCCAGACUUCCAGCUGUGUUUCUUCGUAAUAUAAUGUCUUUACAGUUAUACAAGCACCUGAAAUAGAAUGCAGUCAGUGUACAUGCAUAUUUAAGUGUUACAGUUAAGGGAAUACUUACUGUGAUUCAUCCCCCAUUCCUUUUGUUGGCAUUUUUAAUGGCUAAGUAGCACUGCGUAGGUCCCACUCAAAAUUGUAUCGUACCUUGGUGACCUUUGUGCUGUUAGCUGGCUUUUUGUAAUUGAACCUCUGUUUUCCAUAAUUUUGAAUAUCCUAAAAAUCUGACACCCCUAUUGUAUUCUGUUAUAUACAUCCACUGGGAACGAUAAUCAUAUUUUUAACUUAAAGAAGACAAUGCUUGAAUUUGUAUUAGCAAAAAGUUGGAUAAACCUAAAUCCUUAUUGGUGAACAAACAUGGAUGUCAUAUUUUUAUUUACUUGAUAUAAUUUUUAAUGAAGGCAAAAAUCCUUUGAAUAAUCUCAGUGAAAGCAAUUUAAACCUAAUCCUAAUAAAUGAAUUUGUAUACUUCUUUUGACCUUGGAAAAAUACCACUUUACACCCAAUUCUACAUGUUUGGCAAGUCAUAGAGAAGCAUGCAGGCAUAAAGUGAAUGGAAACAGAUACAUUUAAAGAUUAUAAGAACAAUUCAUAUAGGAGGAAAAACAAACUGCAGGAAACUGGAUAGGAAGUUAUAAAAGGAAUGGGAGAAGGAAAGGCCCAGCUCUUCUGUAAAUCAGAAUCCUCAACUAAAAUAGCAAAUGAGAUUGAAGAAAUUUUUAUUCACUGGCCCCUAAUGGAUCAGUGUUCAUAUAGGUACAGGCCAAGUGUUAACUAUGUUACAGUUGCCAUAGAAGUGUGUGUCAGGAGUUGAAUUUUACUCUAUAUGACUACAUUGUUCACUACAUUUGUAGCUGUAGUCCAGGAAUUGUUUUGAAAGGAAAUUGGCCUUUUCAUGUUGCCAAAAAUCAAGAUAUGGCUAUUUUGUUUAUAUACCAUACCUUAAAAAUAUUACUUUUUAGAACCAAUAAAAAGUCUUGUGAAAUGUUAA